AGAAAUGUCCAAUAGGUGGCAGCAAUGCGUUUUCGAGUUUGUCAUGCAAAUCCAAAAGAACAAACCGGAUGCGCAGAGGAGAGGGUUGCCAAGUCCACGGUUUUACAGGCAUUCUUUUAAACUGUUUCACAAUUGCGCUACUUGGGGUGGUUUUGUUUCGAACACCUGGCAACCCACCGGCUGAAGCUAAAAGUGAGCAUUUUAACCAUCGUGAAAUAAGGGCUAAUGUGGAAUAUUUUCGACGGGUGUAAGAUUCGAGCCAGAUUUACAGAGGUUACGGACAUUAACCAGCUCCAAAGUUCAAAUGCGAGUGUAAUGAAACGCACUAUAUGCUCCGGUUUGUUAUUAAUCAUAGUGUAUUGUGUUGGCAGCUAGUUUACAGGCUCUGAACCACCAAUGAAGGUUAGCAAUAUUCAUCCAUCAUCCUCUAAGAAGAGAAACUGCACGUCUGUGACACACUAUGGCGAAGACCGAGUAUGUUGAAGUGGAGAUUGAUGACAUAAGCGAUCCAGAAACAUCCAGGAACAAUUAUGAAGAAAUAGAUCGGAUGGAAGUGAAAGACGAGGAGGAGGAGGAGGAGGAACAUCGUAACUUCAAAACUCGAAAAAGAAAAUGCAAAGAGCGGUACAUUUGCUCACAGUGUGGAAAGAGUUUCAAACUUAAAUUAGGUUUGAGUAAUCAUCUCUGGCGCCACUCUGGAGAAAAGCCUUUUAACUGUGAUCAGUGUGGUAAAAAGUACACUUCGCUAUCAAAUCUAAAUCUCCACCUGAAAGUUCACUCGGAUGAGAGGCCCUACGUGUGCUCUGUGUGUGGAAAGGGUUUCUCUCGGCUGGACUGUUGUAAACAGCAUCAGAAAACACACGAUGAAGUGAGAGAUCACGUGUGUUGUGAGUGUGGGAAGAGCUUCACUACAGCUGGCCAGCUGAAACAGCAUCGGAUCAUUCACACUGGAGAACGACCGUACAAGUGCUCGUAUUGUGACAAGAGCUUCACUCAGCCGGGAAACCUGAAAUCUCACGAGCGAGUUCACACGGGAGAGAAGCCGUACCGCUGUGCUCAGUGUGGAGAGAGCUUCAAAUAUUCCAAUAUUCUCAAUGAUCACAUGCGCGUUCACUCCGGAGAAGAGCCGCUUAUUUGCGAUCAGUGCGGAAAAGAGUUUAAUUCAUCAUCAAAUCUGAAAAAACACCUGAAAGUGCAUACAAAUGAGAGGCCUUAUGUGUGUCCAUACUGUGGGAAGAGUUUUGCAGUGUUGGUCAGUUGUAACCGGCACCAGAAAAUCCACACCGGUGAGAAAGAUUACGUGUGUUGUGAGUGCGGGAAGGGCUUUACUACACUCGGCCAGCUGAAAUGCCACCAAAAAAUUCAUACGGGGGAAAAACCGUACAAGUGCUCGUAUUGCGACAGGAGUUUCACUCUGUCUUCACAACAGAAAUCACACGAGCGGAUUCAUACCGGAGAGAAGCCGUACAGCUGCGCUCAGUGUGGAGAGAGCUUUAGACAUUCAAACUCUUUAGUGAAUCAUAUGAAAAAGCAUUUUCCACCAAGUCCACCCAGUUAGUUCGUUUUCAGGUGCUUUGUGCACGUGACGGAUAUUUAUACAUUCAAAUCAAAGCAUUGUUUCUGCAUGCAGUUAAAAUUGAGAAUAGUGCAAAACAACACAAAGAGAAACAAAACGCUGCAACUGGCAAAGAAAUAGGUGGCAUUGAAGAAUACAAAUGUAUGUAGAAAAGUCAAUGAAAUAUGAGUGUUGUGGCCACAUUUUACCUAUAUAAGGAUUAUUCUGUGGCACUGUGAGGUCCUGUGUGUUAAUUAAAUAAUGUGAGAUUCAGAUAAAGUACAUGUGUUAGUACUUGAAUUCCUUAAAUUAAAAUCUUUCAAACACGAGCACUUCUUAUGUUUAGAUGCCUCUUUAUGAUGAAUUGUAAGUCGCUUUGGAUAAAAGCGUCUGCUGAAUGAAUAAAUGUAAAUGUAAAAUAUCACAAGAAUUGUGGAGGUUUUUAUUCUGUUAUGUUGGGGGACAAUAAAAGUUUUGAAUCACUUGAAUCUUA